AUGUCGGAAUUGUUGAAUCAAUUCGAAUGCAUUCUCGAUUCCGAUCCCCUCAUCAACGAAGUAGGGUUCAUUCACCCUUCGCAAUUUGCGACAUUAGAGAAAGACCCUGAAGCUGGUAGCUCACGAUCGGAAGCCUCGGAUGCGCUGGAUGGUGGAGAUGGGAGCUUCUGGAUUCGAGAUCACAAACUGGGCAUUUCCUCGGAGGUUGUUCUCCUAUUGUACAAGGCUGCCAGAGAACAAUUCAUGAAUGCAAUUGCAGAAUACAGGAAACUCGACGGCCUAUCUCUUCCUUCUGCUGAAGCUCUAGGAAUUGUGGUUAUGAAAUGCAGCAAAGCACUUGUGUUGUUAAGCCCUGAUUUCGGGACUGCUUGGAAUUCCAGAAAGUUAAUAGUAUCGAAGAAGACACAAGCGUCAAUGUUCACUGACGAGCUCCGCUUGUCUGCCCUUGUCCUUUCGUAUUCACCCAAGAGCGAGCAAGCAUGGAGCCAUAGGAGGUGGGUGAUCAAGAAUAUGGCCAGAAAUCGUACAACUUUGCAAGAGAUUCUGAGGGAAGAAUCUGACCUGGUGGAGAAGAUAGCAGAGAGAUCAAAGAUGAACUAUCGUGCAUGGAAUCAUCGCUGCUGGUUGGUUUCUUACAUGGAUAGAGAACAGGUGAUUCAGGAACUGAAGAAAUCCAAAACGUGGGCUGGGUUACAUGUUUCUGAUAAUUCUUGCUUUCAUUAUCGCAUGCGGCUAAUCAUCAGAAUUUUAGAGGAUUGCUGCCGUAAGCAAGAAGAGGGGUCGUGUGAUUCUUGUGUUGAAGUUUAUUUGAUCUGGCAGGAGGAGCUUGACUGGAAUGAAGAAUUAAUAAAGCGUUAUUUAGGAAGGGAGGCUCUAUGGCUCUACCGUCGCUUUCUCUCCUUAUUAUGGAUAAGGCAUUUCACAAGCGAUGUCAACGACGUGUCUUCUCCACAAAAACGCCAAUCUAGCAUCCAAGUGAACGUCAGUGUGUUUUUGGAUGAGGAGUUGCUCCUCGUCAGUUCAUGCUCGGAAGGAUGUGAUGAUGAGUUUGAAGAUUUUGAAGAACAAGCAAUUUGUUCAGCAUCUUACAUGUUAUGGUUGACAAAGCAAAUCCCUGAAACCCAGAAGUUAGAACUGAGAGAGAAGAUAGAGAAUGAGCGCCUGGACGCCAUGUUGAAGUUGGUGUCCCUGAGAGGUCCUCCAUUUGGGGCUAUCUAA